GCGGCUGGGGCACUCUGGCCCGACAUUCCCCCCCCCCCUCCAGCAAGAUCACCGGCGAACCACUUCAAGACAAUCGACGACAUCCGACAUGACUAGCAAAGUCCGAGCUCAUGAAUUGGUCACCAAGUCCAAGGCCGACUUGACCAAACAGCUUGAAGAGCUGAAGGUCGAGUUGGUUGGACUCCGAGUUCACAAGGUCGUCGGUGGAUCUUCAUCCAAAUUAACCCGAAUUAAUACAGUCCGAAAAGCUAUCGCCCGUGUCUUGACUGUCAUCCAAUCGAAGACACGUGAAAACCUCAAGCAGCUGUACAAGGGCAAGAAGCACCUCCCACUCGACCUCCGAGCCAAGAAAACAAGGGCCAUCCGUCGUCGUCUUACCAAACACGAGAAAAACUUGAAGACCGAGAAGCAGAAGAAGCGGGACAUUCACUUUCCCAAAAGGAAAUACGCAUUGAAGGCCUAGAGAGCCCCAGUUGUCUCUAUCAUCCACCUCUGCUCAUGCCUUCUAUGUUAAAUUGAAUCAGCUCGUAUGGUAAUCCUCACACUAUGUUUUUCCACUACGUGGUGAACGGAGCUCCUCUCCAUGUUGACAACAGCAUGAAAGUCGCUUGGGGAUAGCCCUUGCCCUCUUCAGUCCCAUGCCAACUCUUUUCAC